AUGCCUCUCGGUCUUACCCUUCCAGCUGCUCUCAGCAGAAGUCCUUCCACUCAAGAUCUCAUCAAGUACAGUAGUGCCGACGCUAUUGAAGGUAUUGCUCGUAAUCCUUCUCAAGAACAUCAGAAGAAGGUCACUGCUUCCUUGCCACAGAACACUGUUCCUAAGAACCCCAUCACCAUGUCGACCCGUUUCGAUACUUCGUAUGAACCUGAGUUGAGGGAACACCUUCAUAUCAGUGGCCUCGUCCCCCCAGUCGUCGAGACCUACGAUAUCCAGAUCAAAAGAUGCUUGAAAGCUCUGGAAUCUAAGAAAUCCGGACUCGACAAGUAUGUCUAUUUGUCGCAUCUUCGCAACUCCAACUUCAACCUCUUCUACCGUCUCCUCAUAGGGCAUAUGAAGAAUUGGGUGAGGAAAAGACCGAGGGCCGAACCAGAAAGGAGGGCGUCGGAUCUUUUUAAAUCUGGCUCUCGGCAAGGGUAUCGGGAUGAACCCGCAUAUGCUCCCUUACCGAAUACUCGGAAAAAUGGAAGCCGUACCACAGAUUCGAACGGGAAGGCUAAUUUAGUCUCGGGUACUCUGCAGGAUAUUACUCCCCUUGUCUACACACCCGUCGUUGGCGACGCUUGCGAAAACUGGAGCCACAUUUUCUCCGAACCUGAAGGUCUUUAUCUUCCGUGGAAGGAGCGUGGCAACCUUGCUGAGACCAUCAAGAACUGGCCAGAGAAGGAGGUCGACAUCUGUGUCGUCACCGAUGGCUCUCGUAUCCUUGGACUUGGUGACUUGGGCGUUGGAGGUAUAGGAAUCUCCAUUGGCAAGCUCGCCUUGUACACCGCUUGCGCUGGUAUUCAUCCAACAAAGACCUUACCUAUUGUCAUUGACUUGGGUACCGAUAAUGAGCGACUCCUUAACGACGAGUUGUAUCUCGGAACCAGGAUGAAACGUCUUGGUGAGAAGGACAUGAUGAAGUUUUUGGAUGAGAUGAUGGCUGCUUUGAAGGCUCGCUGGCCUAGCAUCAUCAUCCAGUUUGAGGACUUCAAGAACCCCUUCCCAUCCCUUGCCAAGUACCAAAACAUGUACACAUGUUUUAACGAUGACAUUCAGGGAACAGGCGCUGUCGUUCUUGCUGGUGUCAUCAAUGGUGUCCGUGAUACUGGAAUUGCUCCAAAGGACCAACGCUUGGUCUUUCUCGGUGCUGGGUCGGCCGGUGUUGGUGUUGCCCGCCAAAUCAUGGAAAUGUUCAAGAAGGAGGGCAAUCUCUCCGAAGAUGAGGCGAGAAAGCUCUUUUACCUUGUUGACUCCAAGGGUCUCGUUACCAAUGAUCGUGGUGACAAGCUCCAAGAGCAUAAACUCAUUUUCUCUCGCAGCGACAACAACGGACAGCAGUACAAGACUCUUGAGGAUGUUCUUGACUAUGUCAAGCCUACUAUCUUGAUGGGUCUUUCUACCAUCGGUGGGGCUUUCACCGAGGGCAUCAUCAAGAAGAUGGCUAGCUACAGCGAGCGCCCGAUCAUCUUCCCGCUUUCUAACCCUGUAUCCAAGUCCGAAUGUACGUUUGAGGAAGCUAUGAAGUAUACAAACGAGAAGGUUUUGUUCGCUUCUGGCAGCCCCUUCCCUACAUAUGAAGGCAAAGACGGCAAGCUUUACGAACCUGGUCAAGGAAACAACAUGUAUGUUUUCCCAGGCAUCGGAAUGGGAACUAUCAUUUCCCAGGCCAGCUUGAUCAACCAAGACAUGAUCUACGCCUCUGCCGAAUACCUUGCUACAUCCUUAACAAAGGAAGAGCGUGAUGAUGGCCUCAUCUACCCGAGGAUUAAUCGAAUUCGGGAUGUUAGCGCCAGAGUUGCUCUUGGCGUCGUUCGCGCCGCUGAACGUAACCAUCUUGCGCGCAAUCCUGAGAUUGUUGGAAUGGAUGAUGACACUCUGAUUGAAUACAUUAAAGGAAAGAUGUAUGAUCCUACUGCCGUCCCUACUGAGGUCGAGGAGACCGACCCUGGCAUGUGGAACUGGCUCACUUCCAAGCUCUCUCUCCCGUGGAGCGCCUCCAAGUUGUAG